AUGGAUGAAACAACUGUUGUAAACUCAAGAACCAGUCUUGAUAAUGAUACCUAUGCAGAAAUGAUAACUCUGUCUAAAGUGUACCAAAGUCAUUUGUCUGCUCAUAAAAAUUUCAAUUUGUCCACUUUGAUCCAAGAAAAUCUAAAACCCAACCUUACUGGUUAUACGUUAUCUGGUGAUGAUAAGAUAAAUUUCAGGAGCCAUGGUCUUUUCUUCAUUGACGAUCGGUUUUUGACUGAUUAUGAAGAUAUAGAGUCAUUGAAAGAAGAAGAUAACAAUUAUUCUGUUACAUUUUUCCAUCUCGGCUCAAACUUAUCAGGACAUGAAGGUAUUGUCCAUGGUGGAUUGUUGGCUACAUUGUUAGAUGAGUUAACUUGUAGAUUGGCAUUUCAAAAUUUCCACUCCAAGAAAGGUGUUACAGCCAAUUUGAAUAUCAAUUAUAGAAAACCUUGCUUCGUUAAUAGUAAAGUCAUGAUCAAAUGUGAAGUAAUAAAGAAACUUGGAAGAAAAUGCUGGAUUAAAGGAUCUGUCUACAACAUGGAAACUGACGACUUGUUAACAGAUUGUGAAUGUUUGGUCAUCGAACCAAGAUGGGUCAAGGACUUAUAG